AUUGGCGGUUGAUUUACUUACUUGUAUGCCUAAUGUGUUGAGCAAUGAAACCCUCUUGUAAUCAAAGUGUCUACAGUUCCGAACUAUCACCAUCACUCGACUAUCAGCAUAUCUCGAGAGCUUCAUCACAAGCGCCCAAACUCCAUCAAACGGCCAAAAUGUGUCAAAAGGUCGAGAUUCUCAUCGUCUGCUGCGAGCAGCACUGCUCCAACGUCUACAGCAACAGCCUACGAAAGCCUCAGAUGCGUCUCAUCCCCCACCCCGAAACAGCCUUCGUCCUCUGCGGUGCGGCCCUCGACCUGAACUACAUCAGCGACCGCUUUUUCAUGGACCUCCCCGUCUGUUCCACCGUCCCCAGAAAUUGCCCUGACCUGCUUGAGAACUACAAAUUCCAGCUUGUCCUCUCGCAGGUCGCUUCGAAGCACAUCAUGGAGCUGGAAACCAACUCGCGCGUACAGUGCAACAGCUGCUCUGGCACGGGAAAACCUCAGCUCGUUUCGAAGACUGGCAAGAAGUCGACUAUACAGUCGAUGGCUCCUUCUGGAAAGGCGCAUGUUGAGGCUUUGUGGACGUGCUGUGCUGAGGGCAAGUGUAGGCCUGGACAGGAGUGCCAGUGUCAGGCUGCUGCUCUGCUUUGUCGUGAUUCUGAUUGGGCCAAGGAAGGUGAAAGUUGCAUCAUGCGAGGCGAUGGCGGUUUCGAUCUCGAUGUUGAAAAAAUCGCUUAGAGGUUGGACGGUCUCAUGCUAAGAUAUUUUUAGGAAAAUUGAGACGUUCAUAGACUCGUGAUAAAUCAGGUUGCGGUAGAACUUAAAAGAUUGAUUAGUGGUCAGGCACAAUAAAUUGAAACGUACUUCCUCUGUGCGUGACGUGAUUCAUUGUAAAUGCUUGCUCGCGG